UGUAGAGGGCGAAGUUGGAAAUCCGUGCACCCCUCGCCCGCCGCUAUUCCCCCAAAGUUCCCGUCCCAGGUCCUCUGUAGGGAGUACAGAUGAGAGGCUGACAUCUGUGGGUGGCGCUUGGCUGCCGCCACUCCACCCCACCAGCGCCCACCCCACGGCUGGUGGCGUCCCCUUGACACCGCAGGCGCCCGUCCCUCAACGCUGGUUGCUGUCCACAGGAGGAGGUGCUGAAAGAAGGGAGCUCUGCAAGGCGGGAUGCGGACAUCAUCUUGUCCUUGGCAGCCGCCACCAGCGCCUCCCAAGCGGCGCUGAUUUUCUGCUGCUUGGCGGCGGCGGCGGCUUUCGCAGCCAUUUUGCACCAGCCGAGCCGGAGGCUGCGAAGGCUGCUGGCGAAGCGGAGAGAUGGGCUAGCAGCUGUUGCGGCCGGGGAGCCAGCACCAUGGUGAAGCGGAAGAGCUCCGAAGGCCAGGAGCAGGAGAGUGGCCGAGGCGUCCCGCUACCCAUCCAGACCUUCCUAUGGAGGCAAACCAGUGCAUUUUUGAGGCCCAAACUGGGGAAACAAUAUGAAGCUUCAUGUGUGUCCUUUGAGAGAGUUUUGGUUGAGAACAAGCUGCAUGGUCUUUCGCCAGCCCUUUCAGAAGCCAUCCAGAGCAUUUCUCGCUGGGAACUGGUCCAAGCUGCCUUACCACAUGUACUUCACUGCACAGCCACUCUGCUUUCCAAUCGGAACAAGCUAGGACAUCAGGACAAACUUGGAGUUGCAGAGACUAAACUUCUUCACACCCUUCACUGGAUGCUGUUGGAAGCUCCUCAAGACUGCAGCAGCAAUGACCACUUUGGAGGCGGAGACAGGGGAUCCAGCUGGAGAGGGAGCAGCAGCGCUUUCAUCCACCAGAUUGAAAACCAGGGAUCUCCGGGGCAUUCAAGGCGUGACAGCACCAAUGAGGAGGAAGAGAAUAACAGAAGGACGUUCUUUCAGAAUUCCAUGGCCACAGUGGAGCUCUUUGUGUUCUUGUUUGCUCCUCUCGUUCAUAGGAUUAAAGAGUCGGAUCUGACUUUUCGUCUGGCCAGUGGUCUUGUUAUUUGGCAGCCAAUGUGGGAGCACAGGCAACCUGAAGUUUCUGCCUUUACAGCAUUGGUUAAACCCAUCCGGAAUAUAAUAACAGCUAAGAGAAGUUCUCCAAUCAAGAACCAAACUCUAACGUGUGAAUCUCCUAACCUGGAUGCUGGGCGUACUGAGGGACUGCAGGUAGUGUGUGAAACAGCCCAGCCAGACUCUGUGCCUCCAAAGCUUGCGUUUUCAGGCUGUCAUCAUGGAAACUCUAUUGAUGGAAGUGUAUCAUCCCAAGCAUCCCAGGAGAAGGGGCCCCCAUAUCCCAGGGUAUCUUUGGUGAUUCCACCAUGCCAAAAGUCUCGGUAUGCCACCUACUUUGACGUGGCAGUAUUACGUUGCCUCCUUCAGCCACAUUGGUCUGAGGAAGGCACUCAGUGGUCCCUGAUGUAUUACCUCCAGCGACUGCGCCAUAUGUUAGAGGAGAAGCCGGAGAAGCCCCCAGAACCAGAAGUCCCACAGUUGCCAAGGCCACGCAGCAGUUCCAUGGUGGCUGCUGCUCCCUCAUUGGUGAACACUCACAAAACCCAGGAUCUCACAAUGAAGUGCAAUGAAGAAGAAAAGUCUUUAAGUACCGAAGCUUUUGCCAAAGUGUCCCUAACAAACCUGCGUAGACCAGCAGUUCCAGACCUCUCCUCUGAUUUAGGAAUGAACAUUUUUAAGAAGUUUAAGAGUCGCAAAGAGGAUCGUGAGCGCAAGGGUUCUAUUCCUUUCCACCACACAGGGAAGAAACGGCAGCGAAGGAUGGGUGUGCCCUUCUUACUCCACGAAGACCAUUUGGAUGUGUCACCAACACGGAGCACAUUUUCCUUUGGCAGUUUCUCUGGGAUUGGUGAAGACCGACGCGGUAUUGAGAGAGGAGGGUGGCAAACUACCAUCUUAGGAAGGUUUACCAGGCGGGGUAGUUCUGAUACAGCUACAGAGAUGGAGAGCUUGAGCGCUAAGCAUUCUCAUUCCCACCAUACUCUGGUUACUGACCUGCCGGACCACUCCAACAGCCAUGUACACUCCCAAAUUUCCACCAUCACAGUAGCUACCUUCAACACCACGCUGGCCUCUUUCAACGUGGGCUAUGCAGACUUCUUCAAUGAGCACAUGCGUAAGCUCUGCAACCAGGUGCCCAUACCAGAGAUGCCCCAUGAGCCCCUGGCAUGUGCCAAUCUCCCUCGGAGCUUGACAGAUUCCUGCAUCAACUACAGCUGCCUGGAAGAUACAGACCACAUAGAUGGAACCAGCAACUUUGUCCACAAGAACGGCAUGCUGGAUCUUUCGGUGGUUCUCAAAGCUGUCUACUUGGUCCUGAACCAUGAUAUCAGCUCCCGAAUUUGUGAUGUUGCACUCAAUAUUGUGGAAUGCCUGCUUCAGCUUGGUGUGGUGCCCUGUGUGGAGAAAAUCAGAAGGAAAAGUGAAAACAAAGAGAAUGAGCCCAGUGAAAAGAGACAAAGCGAGACCUCAUUUCAACUUAAGGGAGCCUUGAGUAGUUCAACAACUGGAUUUGGGGCUGCCCCAGUUAGUGGAACUGGGGAUGGUGGUGGAGAAGAAGGAGGAGGUGGUGGCAGUGGUGGAGGAGGAGGUGGAGGAGAUGGUGGAGGAGGCGGAGGCGGCGGCGAAGGGGGAGGAAGGCCUUUUGAAAAGAACGAUAAAAAGGAAGAAAAGGAUGACAGCACUCCAACAAGCACCCACAGACUAGCCCUGACAAUGCUGAUAAAAAUUGUGAAGUCUUUGGGUUGUGCAUAUGGCUGCGGAGAAGGUCAUCGAGGGCUCUCUGGAGAUCGCCUGAGACAUCAGGCUCAGAAUUGCCUUACGAAGUUGUACAAGCUUGAUAAGAUGCAGUUCCGGCAAACCAUGAGGGACUAUGUUAACAAGGAUUCACUCAACAAUGUAGUGGAUUUUUUACAUGCUUUGCUGGGAUUCUGCAUGGAGCCAGUCACUGACAACAAGGCUGGUUUUGGAAAUAAUUUCUCCACGGUGGACAACAAGUCUACAGCCCAAAGUGUGGAAGGUAUUAUUGUCAGUGCCAUGUUCAAAUCGCUGAUCACCCGUUGUGCCUCUACUACACAUGAACUCCAUAGUCCUGAGAAUCUGGGAUUGUACUGUGACAUCCGACAACUGGUUCAGUUUAUCAAGGAGGCUCAUGGGAAUGUCUUUAGAAGAGUAGCUCUUAGUGCUCUUUUGGAUAGUGCUGAAAAGCUGAUACCAGGGAGAAAAACAGAAGAUAAUAUUGAACUUGAACCUAAACCAUCAGGCAGUAAAAGAUCUGAAGUGGGGAGUGUUGUUAUUGACAAAGGACAGCCAUCUUCUGCUCCUGAUGAAUGCCGUAGUUAUAUCUCAAGUCGCCCAAUGCAGACUCCGGAGCAUGAUGAGCAAAUGCAAGGAGUAGCUCUAGGCCGCAAAGAUUUUUGGCGGAAGAUGUUCAAAUCACAGAGUGCAGCAAGUGAUACAAGCAGCCAGUCGGAACAGGAUACUUCAGAAUGCACAACUGCACACUCAGGGACAACCACUGAGAGGCGUUCACGCUCUCGCUCAAGACGGAUCUCACUCCGAAAGAAACUCAAACUCCCCCUAGGGAACUGGCUGAAACGCUCAUCCCUUUCUGGUCUGGCAGAUGGCGUAGAAGACCUUCUGGAUAUCAGCUCCGUAGAUCGUCUCUCUUUCAUCAGGCAGAGUUCCAAGGUCAAAUUCACUAGUGCAGUGAAGUUAUCUGAAGGAGGUCCAGGAAGUGGCCUGGAGAAUGGGCGGGACGAAGAGGAGAAUUUCUUCAAGCGUCUUGGUAAAUGGCGCACCUGCCGAAGACAUCCAUCCAAGCUUCAUCACACAGAAGAAAAAGAUGGUUGCCAGACCUAUGAUGAUCAUCUGGCUUCCAGCCAAGAAGGAGGCAAAUCCAAGAAUGUAGUGAACCUGGGGGCAAUACGGCAAGGCAUGAAGCGCUUUCAGUUUCUCUUGAACUGCUGUGAGCCAGGAACAAUUCCUGAUGCCUCUAUCCUGGCAGCAGCCCUUGAUCUCGAGGCACCAGUGGUGGCAAGAGCAGCCCUUUUUCUGGAAUGUGCUCGCUUUGUUCACCGCUGCAAUCGUGGCAACUGGCCAGAAUGGAUGAAGGGACACCAUGUGAACAUCACUAAAAAAGGUCUUUCCCGUGGUCGCUCCCCAAUAGUGGGGAACAAACGUAACCAGAAGUUACAGUGGAAUGCAGCCAAGCUCUUCUAUCAGUGGGGAGAUGCAAUUGGAGUCCGUCUCAAUGAGCUCUGCCAUAGCGAGAGUGAGAGCCCAGCCAAUCUGCUGGGCCUCAUUUAUGAUGAGGAGACCAAGCGGAGGCUGAGAAAGGAGGAUGAGGAAGAAGACUUUUUAGAUGACAGUAAGGAGACUCCCUUUACUACAAGAACCCCCGCUUGUACAGUGAACCCUACCAGAUGUUGCUGUCCUUUUGCCUUGAAGAUGGCAGCAUGUCAGCUUCUCCUGGAGAUCACCACAUUCCUUCGUGAGACCUUUCCCUAUAUGCCCAGACCGAGGACUGAACCCCUUGUGGAUCUGGAGAGCUGCAGGUUGCGUUUGGACCCUGAGAUGGACCGGCACAGGUAUGAGAGGAAGAUCAGCUUUGCUGGGGUUCUGGAUGAAAAUGAAGAUUCAAAAGAUUCCUUGCACAGCAGCAGUCAUACCCUGAAAUCUGACACAGGUUGCGAAGAGAAGAAAGUUCCCAGCAGGAAGAUCAGGAUAGGAGGCUCCCGCUUGCUCCAGAUUAAAGGAACCCGCAGUUUCCGGGUGAAGAAAGGGGGUUCCCUGUCCAGUAUUCGCCGGGCCGGCAGCCUAAAGAGCACCAAGUUAUCACGUCAGGACUCAGAGUCUGAGAAUGAGGAGCUGCAGCUGUCCCACAGCAGGGACACUGUCACUGACAUAGAAGGGAGCCCUUGGAGUGCAAGUGAACCCAGUAUAGAACCUGAAGUGCUAAGCAGCACCAGCACAGAAGAGAACUACCAUCGGAAUAUGUCUUGGCUACAUGUGAUGAUCUUGCUGUGCAACCAACAGAGUUUCAUUUGUACCCACAUUGAUUAUUGCCACCCUCACUGUUACCUCCACCACAGCCGCUCUUGUGCUCGUCUUGUCCGGGCCAUCAAACUCCUGUAUGGAGAUACUGUGGAUUCACUUAGAGAAAACAACUCACUAAACAAUGUGACUAGAGGCAAAAAACAGAAAGAGUGUUCUGACAAGUCAUGCCUGAGAACACCUUCCUUGAAGAAAAGAGUGAUAGAUUCCAACCUUGAAGGAAAGAAGGACUCGGGCAUGCUGAAAUACAUCAGGCAUCAGGUGAUGAGUUUGUCUCCAGCACCUUUGUCUCUGUUAAUCAAGGCAGCUCCUAUCCUCACGGAAGAGAUGUAUGGGGACAUCCAGCCUGCAGCGUGGGAGCUGCUACUCAGCAUGGAUGAGCACAUGGCUGGGGCAGCAGCUGCCAUGUUCCUUCUGUGUGCCGUGAAAGUGCCAGAGGCAGUAUCUGAUAUGCUGAUGUCUGAAUUUCAUCACCCUGAGGCAGUGCAAAGGUUGAAUGCCAUUCUUAAGUUCCACACUCUUUGGAGAUUUAGGUAUCAAGUCUGGCCUCGGAUGGAGGAAGGAGCUCAGCAGAUCUUUAAGAUUCCUCCACCCAGCAUUAACUUCACCCUACCAUCCCCAGUACUGGGAAUGCCAUCUGUCCCCAUGUUUGACCCUCCAUGGGUUCCACAGUGCAGUGGGAGCGUACAGGACCCAAUUAACGAAGAUCAAUCCGAAAAAAAAAUCAAUGGAUGGAUGUACAAACUCUUGUGCAAACUAGGCGGAGAGGAGGAAAAACAGAGGCCGAAUCUGCAUUGGAAUGCGCAUCCAAGUAAGUCGUUUUCAGCCCGGGCAGUGUCACGUUCUCAUCAGCGAGCAGAACACAUUCUAAAGAACUUGCAGCAGGAAGAAGAGAAAAAGCGUCUGGGCCGAGAAGCUAGUCUGAUCACUGCCAUUCCUGUCACCCAGGAGGCUUGUUAUGAGCCCACUUGUUCUCCAAACUCAGAGCAGGAGGAGGAAGUAGAAGAAGUGGCCAACCUGGCAUCUCGCCGUCUCUCUGUAAGUCCGUCAUGUACCUCCAGCACAUCUCAUAGGAACUACUCCUUUCGGCGUGGCUCAGUUUGGUCAGUCCGUUCAGCAGUCAGUGCAGAAGAUGAGGAACACACAACAGAACACACACCAAAUCAUCAUGUGCCCCAGCCUCCUCAGGCAGUCUUCCCAGCAUGCAUCUGUGCAGCUGUGCUCCCUAUUGUUCACUUAAUGGAAGAUGGAGAAGUCCGGGAGGAUGGAGUUGCAGUAAGCGCAGUGGCGCAGCAAGUUCUGUGGAACUGUCUCAUUGAAGAUCCUUCGACAGUUCUUCGACAUUUUCUGGAGAAACUAACUAUCAGCAAUCGACAGGAUGAGUUAAUGUAUAUGCUGAGGAAGCUUCUGCUCAACAUCGGAGACUUCCCUGCUCAGACAUCCCAUAUCCUCUUUAAUUAUUUGGUGGGGCUGAUUAUGUAUUUCGUGCGCACACCAUGUGAAUGGGGCAUGGAUGCCAUUUCAGCAACUCUGACUUUCCUGUGGGAAGUGGUGGGCUAUGUAGAAGGACUUUUCUUCAAGGAUCUCAAGCAGACUAUGAAGAAAGAACAAUGUGAAGUGAAGCUACUAGUUACUGCCUCAAUGCCAGGCACAAAAACCUUGGUAGUUCAUGGACAAAAUGAGUGUGAUAUCCCAACCCAGUUACCAGUCCAUGAAGACACCCAGUUUGAAGCACUGUUAAAGGAAUGUCUGGAAUUUUUUAACGUACCAGAAUCCCAAUCUUCUAACUACUUUUUAAUGGAUAAGCGAUGGAACCUUAUUCAUUAUAACAAGACCUAUGUCCGUGAUAUUUAUCCAUUUCGAAGAUCAGUAUCUCCCCAACUUAAUCUGGUACACAUGCACCCAGAAAAGGGGCAAGAACUCAUUCAGAAACAGGUGUUUACACGCAAGCUAGAAGAAGUGGGCCGGGUGCUAUUCCUCAUUUCACUGACACAGAAAAUCCCUGUUGCUCAUAAGCAAUCCCAUGUGUCUUUGCUGCAAGAGGAUCUCCUCCGUUUGCCCUCUUUCCCUCGCAGUGCCAUUGAUGCAGAAUUCUCACUUUUCAAUGACCCACAAGCUGGAAAGGAGCUCUUUGGCCUUGACACUCUUCAGAAAAGUCUGUGGAUUAAACUACUAGAGGAGAUGUUCCUGGGAAUGCCCAGUGAAUUUCCCUGGGGAGAUGAAAUCAUGCUGUUCCUGCAUGUUUUCAAUGGAGCCCUGAUCCUACACCCUGAAGACAGUGCCCUGCUGAGGCAGUAUGCUGCCACUGUAAUCAACACAGCUGUGCAUUUCAACCACCUCUUCUCUCUCAGUGGCUACCAGUGGAUCCUCCCCACUAUGCUACAGGUAUAUGCUGACUAUGAAAGCAACCCACAGCUGCGUCAAGCAAUUGAAUUUGCCUGCCGCCAGUUCUACAUUCUGCAUCGUAAGCCCUUUGUACUGCAAUUAUUUGCCAGUGUGGCCCCCCUGCUGGAGUUUCCUGAUGCUACAAACAAUGGACCAAGCAAGGGAGUAUCGGCUCAAUACCUAUUUGACUUGCUGCAAUCCUUAGAAGGAGAUACUGCAGACAAUCUGGACAUUUUAGAAUUGGUGAAAGCAGAAAAGCCUCUAAAAUCUUUAGAUUUCUGCUAUGGUAAUGAAGACCUGACAUUUUCAAUCAGUGAGGCUAUCAAGUUGUGUGUAACAGUGGUGGCAUAUGCCCCUGAAUCAUUCAGAAGUCUACAGAUGCUGAUGGUCCUUGAAGCCCUGGUUCCCUGUUAUCUGCAGAAGCUUAAGAGGCAAACCUCCCAAGUGGAGACAGUGACAGCUGCUCGAGAAGAGAUUGCUGCUACUGCUGCUCUUGCUACCUCCUUGCAAGCUCUCUUGUACAGUGUAGAGGUUCUUACUAGGCCAAUGACUGCCCCACAGAUGAGUCGGUGUGAUCAAGGCCAUAAAGGAGCCACCACUGCUAACCAUACCAUGUCAUCUGGGACAAAUACCAGGUACCCAGAGCAAGGAGCCAAGCUGCACUUUAUCAGGGAAAACCUUCAUUUGCUGGAGGAAGGCCAAGGUCUCCAGCGAGAGGAGCUAGAUGAACGCAUUGCUAGAGAGGAAUUCAGGCGACCUCGUGAGUCCCUGUUGAAUAUCUGCACUGAGUUCUAUAAGCACUGUGGCCCCAGGCUGAAGAUUUUGCAGAACCUGGCUGGAGAGCCCAGAGUGACUUCCUUAGAGCUGCUGGAUGUUAAGUCUCAUAUGAGGUUGGCAGAAAUUGCACAUUCCCUUCUGAAGCUGGCACCUUACGACACCCAGACGAUGGAGAGCCGUGGGCUCCGGCGAUACAUCAUGGAGAUGCUGCCUAUCACUGACUGGACAGCCGAAGCAGUGAGGCCUGCCCUUAUCCUCAUCCUAAAGAGAUUGGAUCGUAUGUUCAAUAAAAUUCACAAGAUGCCUACUUUGAGGCGACAGGUUGAAUGGGAGCCUGCCAGCAGUUUGAUUGAAGGGGUUUGUUUGACACUUCAGAGGCAGCCAGUCAUAUCCUUCCUGCCUCAUCUUAGGUCACUGAUCAAUGUCUGUGUCAAUCUGGUGAUGGGAGUAGUGGGACCUUCCAGUGUGGCCGAUGGAUUACCCCUUCUUCAUCUCAGCCCUUAUCUCUCGCCACCUCUACCCUUCAGCACAGCUGUUGUCCGGCUUGUAGCAUUGCAGAUUCAGGCCUUGAAAGAAGAUUUCCCCUUAAGCCACGUGAUCUCCCCAUUCACCAAUCAGGAGAGAAGGGAAGGAAUGCUUUUAAAUCUACUGAUUCCAUUUGUGCUCACAGUAGGAUCAGGAAGCAAAGACAGCCCUUGGCUGGAGCAGCCUGAAGUCCUUCUGCUGCUCCAGACAGUUAUUAAUAUUUUGCUGCCACCUCGUAUAAUCAGCACUUCCCGCAGUAAGAACUUCAUGCUGGAGAGCUCUCCUGCCCACUGCUCCACCCCAGGGGAUGCAGGAAAGGACCUGCGCAAGGAAGGACUAGCUGAGUCUACUAGUCAGGCAGCCUACCUAGCUCUGAAGGUGAUCCUUGUCUGUUUUGAACGUCAGCUUGGCAGCCAAUGGUAUUGGCUGAGCCUGCAAGUCAAAGAGAUGGCUUUGCGAAAAGUGGGAGGGUUGGCCCUGUGGGAUUUCGUGGAUUUUAUUGUUCGCACCCGAAUUCCUAUCUUUGUGCUUCUUCGACCCUUCAUUCAGUGCAAGUUGCUAGCUCAGCCAGCUGAAAAUCAUGAAGAGAUGACUGCCCGGCAGCAUAUUGCUGACCAGCUUGAACGGCGCUUUAUCCCACGCCCUCUCUGCAAGAGUUCCCUCAUUGCAGAAUUCAACAACGAACUAAAGAUCCUCAAGGAGGCUGUGCACAGUGGAUCAGCCUACCAAGGGAAGACUUCUAUCAGCACUGUGGGCACAUCCACCUCUGCAUACCGACUGAGCCUUGCCACAAUGUCCCGCUCCAACACUGGCACUGGCACUGUCUGGGAACAAGAUAGUGAGCCUUCCCAACAGGCUUCCCAGGAUACUUUAAGCAGGACAGAUGAAGAAGAUGAAGAAAAUGACUCAGUGAGCAUGCCCAGUGUGGUAAGUGAACAAGAAGCAUACCUUAUGGGUGCCAUUGGGAGGCGACGAUUCUCCAGCCAUCUCUCCAGCAUGUCUGCACCUCAGGCUGAGGUGGGCAUGUUACCCAGUCAAAGUGAACCUAAUGUCCUCGAUGACUCCCAAGGCCUGGCCGCUGAGGGCAGCCUCUCUAGGGUAGCAAGCGUGCAGAGUGAACCAGGACACCACAAUCUCCUUCUUCAGCAACCAUUAGGAAGAAAAAGAGGUCUGAGACAGCUAAGGAGGCCCCUUCUAUCACGACAAAAAACCCAAACGGAACCUCGCAGCCGUCAUGGAGCACGACUUUCUACCACGCGUAGAAGCAUACAGCCAAAAACAAAGCCAAUUGUGGAUCAAAAGCGAUCUGUGACCUUCACUGAAACUCAGUCAGAAGCAUCAACCGCAACUCCUGAGCCAGCACCUACAGCAGCCCAGCAACAAAGCAGUAAAAGGAGCAGCCCUACGGAAGGUGGCAAACAAGAAGCCACAAAUAAACCUGCUCUGACUUCCUCACCUGCCAUUAUUGUGGCCGAUCUCCACAGUCAAGUGACUAGUCAGAGUGAGAUGCUUUCUGCUGAAAAGGAGAAAAAACCAGAGGAGGAUUCAGACCCGAAGUUAGCUCAAGCACACAGUACACCUCCACCCACGCAGCUUUCUGACAGUGAAGACUUUACAGGCCUAGAGACCACUAGCUUAUUACAGCAUGGAGACACUAUCCUUCACAUUAGUGAGGAUAAUGGAAUGGAGAAUCCCCUUCUUUCUAGACAGUUCAGCUUCACGCAUGUUGAGGUGGGGCAGACGGAUGUUGACCUUGAUGAGUCACAUGUUUGACUCAGGACAGAGGGAGACAGCAGUACAUUUGAAGAAAGAGAGAAAUUCCUCUAGUCUUCAUAUUUGUCUGUAAGUAAUUAAAAGAGCACUUUAUAUGCACUAGGGAAUGCAUCUAGUAUUCUGUGUAGUACAUGUGGGACAAUAUAUUUUACAAAAUAAGCCACGCCUUUGGACAGAUCUAGUUGGACUCAGGGCAGACCAUAAGACAGAGGAGUGACUUAAAAUUGAAAUCUUCCUGGGCACAGAAUUAAUUUACAACAGCUUAGUCUGCACUCCUCAGAUUCUUCAGUAUGGGACUCCCCAGUUUCUUCAGUAUAACAAAUUACAUUAACAAAAACUAGGCAAGGAAAUAAAGAAAAGAAAAAAGAAGCCCUUUUUUGAGGUUGGCCACUUUAACAUAGUAUCCUAAAGUUUAUUUUUAUAAUAUAACUGCAGAGCUGCAGGAUGCGUUCUCACUACAUGUGUUCCAAUUAGUAUCAGAAGAUCAAACUGCAGAUAAAGAUCAGAGUGAGAUUUUGAGUUAUUUCUGUCCUUUGUUUGCAACUGCACACUCUGAGAUAUAAACCUAUAAGUUGUUUUACUCCCUGAAAAGCUAAAUGUAGACUAGUGAAUGGAAGACUGUUAAUACUAUGCACUAAUGUGGACAGUUGGGGCAAAUAUUCUGCAAAUAAAGUAAAUGUUACUAAAUAUUUUGCUUCAGAAUGUUCAGCAACCUUAUUAUAAAGCAACAGGGGGAAAGUGUGUGGAUCUAAUAUAUCAAUCUGCUGUGUUUGUAUUUGUAAAUAUAUAUAAAUCUUGUUUCCAUUACAAAUUGAUCAGGAGCUGAUAUUGUAGGGAAUAUUUAUUUCUGCAUACUAAGAGUAUGCAAUAUGAAAAAAUAUUUAUUUCCAUGUACACAUAUAUUAAUCUGCAAUUAGACGUGAUUCUCUGUGUGAAAAAACCUAAUUGUUAUCAGUUACAACUCUUUUGGAAAUACAUAUAUAUAUAGCUUAUUCAUCCCAAACCAUGACAGAUCUGCAGUUUAAAUUUAAAUGAAAUAUGAAUGUAACUGUUAAUUUUCAAGAAACUCAUAAACUUUUUUAUUCUGGCAUCAAUAUGAUUAUGCAUAUUAAUUUGAUUCAUGUUUUAAGGUUUCUAAAAUGGAUUUGUUGUGCCAGCCAUAUGUAUGGUUAUCAAAAUAGCCUGGUUUGGGAGGCUACGUUUAGAGUAUAUAUAUUCAUGAAUAGAAAUGGCUUCUGAAACUAUGCAGGUAUGGCAUAAUCAAAAUAUAUAGCUACCAUUCUCAUUAAGAAACUAAUUUGCAUAACUUAUGUCACUUUAAACCAAUUAAGCCUCUACACCACACUAUGGUGUGCUCUUUUUUCACAGAGAAUGUAAUGGUGUGUGUCACUUUGGUUCUUUUAUAUUCUGCAUGCUUAAAUGCAUUAGAAACGCCGCAGUGUGAUACAAUGUUAAAUGUACCGACCUGCUGGCAGACAAAUAAACUUUACUAUUUUUUUUUUCUUAUCUCAGAAUCACAACAGCAGUACUCUUUGCUCUGCAGUAGAGCAUGUUGCAAUCUCUUCUGCUUGGGCAUCACAUGUGAAGUUGGUUACCUGAACUACAGAUUAAAUAUUUCCAUUAGUAUGACAUUAAUUUAAGAUAUAACUUAUCCUUUCUCUCAUUUCAGACUGAGCUUUUCUUUGCUUAUGGUUAGGGAUUAUAUUUCUUUUAUUUCACAUAUUGAGUGAAAAUGAUAAGAAACUGACAGUGUAGCCAACAAGCAUAUCUCUGUAUUAUACAGAGAUGUUUACAAAAAUGUUUUCAAUAAUGACAUUGUAUAUUAGAUAAAGAAAGCAUUUAUCUGUGUCUGUGAAAAGUCCAAAAUCACAUUUUAAGAACAGGAGAUACUGUGAUUCGUUAUAUCCAAAACCUGUUCUUAUGAAAUCAAAUAUCUUUAUCAUUAUCUGUUGUAAGGUACUGAAUCCAUUUUAGUAAGCCAUAAUGAGAAUUCAAAAAUAUGCCUAUUGUGAAGGGUCCUCCCCGCUAAAAAUGAUGUUACUUUAAAAUGUCAUAAAUCUGGUAGCCCAAAAGGGCUGUUGCUGCUCGCUUAGGCAAUUUACUGAGGUACUGAGCACGUCUGGGUUUUUGUGUAUUUUCUUUUGUAUCAGUUGCACUGUGCUAGAGGUGCAUACAAAUAUAUUCUUAACAGAAUCUGUGCUUUCUUCCAGUAUAUUGAUAAGUGACAAAUAUAUUUCUGCUGUGAAGAAAAACUAUGCUGCUUACUUAGUGUUAGAGGCCUUACGUGCACGUAAAAGUUCAACAAAUGUCUAAAUUGUUUAAAAAAGGUGUCUGUCAUUGUUGAGUAAAGUUAUUUCAGUUUUUUACAUUAACUUGUUGAUAUUAUUGAAAACCACAGUCUCCCUUUCUAAAAUACUGUGGUAUCAAGUUAUGAGAUUGCAGCCAUACUCCUGAAGUUUACUGUAAAUCCCCUCUUCAAUAUGUGCCUCCCAAUAGCUUUACAUGCAGUGCCCAAACCUAGUCCAGUUUUGUAGAAAGGGAGCAUUAUUGUAUUGUUAUGAUUAUGAUCAUCAUAUGUGCAUUUGUGUCUUUUUUUGUUUUUUAAAAAUGUGACCUUAGCUGUGCUAAAUGUUAAAGUAUAUUUGUAUGUGUAUUUGUAUGUACAUGCGUGUAUAGGAAAGUCAAGGAAUGUUUUUUAAGAAUGCUGCUGCCAGGAUUUUGAAGAAAAGUUGUCUCGACUUAAAUUGGAUUUAAUUGCUGUGGAAUUUAACAAAUGUAUAUAUUUUUUAAAAAUUGGCAUUAAAAGUCCAAUUCAACCAGUGCUAUCUACAUGUGGACUGCCCCCCCACCAAAUGUCUAAAAUAGAGCAUUCCCUGUAAAGAUUUGUCCAAAUUGUUAAGCUUUAAUACAAUUUGUGUUGACACUUCCAUUGCCAAAGAAUGUAUAAAAAUAUAUGUUAAGGGAAAAUAAAAGUACAUAGUGCACAAGUCUCUACAACCAUUAAUAACAGCGGACAUACAGUUAGUAUAUGAUCUCAGGGCAGUCACGAGAAUGUUACUGAUAUAUGCUACAUAUAGGAAGUGAAGAAAGGGCUGUUUUGCCAAGUUAACUAUUAAGAUAAAUUAUCUGAAAAUGAGGGGCUCUUAUGAAAGACUUGUUUGUAUGAACCAUGAGGUAAAAUAUAUCAUAUAAUUAAUUUGUAUCAGUUAAGAUUAAUUUUUAAUAGAAAUGUGAAACCCUACUGAAAAGAUGGAAGUGUUUAAAAUGAUGGGUGCAAAGCCUAUGGAGAUGAAAUGUUAUAGAUCUGCAAUGUGUGCCAAAUAACCAAAGAUGGAUAAGAUAAUAAUAUAGAGAUGUCUGAAUUAUGUUUAUGAAAGAGAUUGAAAUAGUUUAAUGUUUGGAUAUAUAUAAAUAAUUAAACUUGUCUACAAAUAUUC